AUGUUCAGUUCCAUAGCUAAGGCAUCAAGAAGCCUUAGAACAGGUUUUCGAGCAGAGCAUGGAGAUACAUUUGGUUCGGCACUGAAAGUAGAUAAUUAUAACACAAAGAUAAAAAGGCAACCACAAUUGAGGAAGGAGACCAACACUAAAGUGUUGAAGCAUAUUCUUCAUUGCAAAUUUAGAAAAAACAAUACGUUCUUAACACUUACCAAUGUUGAGGUGGAUAUGAACUACGAGCACAAUCACCCGGAAAAAUCAUUUAAUGAAAAAGUACUAUAUUAUUUAACUCUUCCAGAAAGGGUUAUACUAUCACAAUCAACAGGAUAUCUUGGAUUUAGAAAGGCACAGAGGGGUGAAUAUGAAGCUGCAUUCCAAUUGACUUCUCAUAUAUUUAAAAUAAUUAGAGAAAGAAACAUACUAGAUGAUUGUUUCAAUCUCGAAAUAGUUGUGUCCGAUUUCGGAAAGGGAAGAAAGGCAUUUUUUGACGCGUUAAAGGGUAAGGAAGGGUCUAGUGUUAGGCCUGCAUUGUCGAAAUUAACAGAUAUGACUAAGCUUAAGUUUGGUGGUGUUAGGUCUCCUUCCAGAAGAAGAAUCUGA